AUGUGCGGAAGCAGCCUAGAGGUUACACCCAUCCCGUUGAAGCCUGGAUUGGUGCCUUCUCCCCAUUUGCCCCUUGUCUCGCCCAAGCGACAGCCUCCUCUGAGCCCUGAGCUCCACCUGCCUGAGUAUGAGCCAUCCCCAGCCCAGCCCAGCCGGCGGCGGCGACGGAGGCAGUUGCGCUUUGUGGAUGAGGUGACACAGAUACCCCGGGAAGAAUUCCAGAAGCAGAUCUCAGACGUGCAAACACAAUGUCAGCCCCUGGAGACGGUGCUGUUACCAGCUAAGAGGCCGAGGACCCCAGCAGAACUCUUGGGCACUCCGACAUAUGGAUGGAUGCAUCCCACCCUCCGUGGCCUCUGGACACGAUGUGCCAACCUCCAGCGUGUGGAUUAUGCCAGGCAGAGAGCGAGGGAGGAAGAAGUGGAGAGGAGGGAGGAAGAACAGCAGCGGCCAGCAGAGGUUCCCAGUGAGCUUGAGGAGCUUCGAGGUGCAGAAGAACCAAGUGUGCCUCUUGUGGGUUCCUCAGAAAUUUCCCUGGAGACCACCGAGGAAGAGCUCCGCCCUAGUUUGGUGGCAGCCGAGGAGAGAGCCUUUGCUGAGCCAGAGGAAGCAGUACUGCCUGUGGUGCCUGAACUCCCUGAAAUAAGUUUUGAGCUGCCGCCGGACAAGGAGAUGCUCACCCUAACUGAUGUGCGCAGGCUGGUAGCUGCCAAACUACAGCAGUUCGAGGAGAUAGAGUUCAGCCAGCUGGUGCCUUUCACCGUUUCCCAGGCUGUCGCCAGCCGAUUCUUCUACAUGUGCUUGGUUCUCGCAGGAGACCAAUACCUGUGCCUGGAGCAAGCAGAGCCCUUUGGCCCGAUUGUGAUCAAGCCCGGUGCGCAGUUCCAUCCAAGCUAG